AUGCAGUUUCCCAUGGGCCCCGCCUGCAUCUUCUUGAGGAAAGGCAUCGCCGAGAAACAGCGGGAAAGACCCCUGGGACAAGAUGAGAUCGAAGAGCUUCGGGAAGCAUUUCUUGAGUUCGACAAGGACAGAGACGGGUUCAUCUCCUGUAAAGAUUUGGGGAAUCUCAUGAGGACGAUGGGUUACAUGCCCACAGAGAUGGAGCUCAUUGAACUGGGCCAGCAAAUCCGCAUGAACUUGGGUGGCCGUGUCGACUUUGAUGAUUUUGUGGAGCUGAUGACGCCCAAACUGCUAGCUGAAACAGCAGGGAUGAUCGGUGUCCAGGAGAUGAGAGAUGCCUUCAAGGAAUUUGACGCCAAUGGAGAUGGAGAGAUCACCCUCGGGGAGCUGCAGCAGGCCAUGCAGAGGCUCCUGGGAGAGAAGCUCACACCCCGUGAGAUCUCGGAGGUUGUGCAGGAGGCCGAUGUGAAUGGAGACGGUACCGUCGACUUUGAAGAGUUUGUGAAGAUGAUGUCUCGCUGA